AUGUCGGAGGCCCAUUAUUCCGAGAGUCGACCGUGCGGGAGGCCCAUCAUGCCGGAGGCCCAUCAUGCCGGAGGCCCAACAUAUCGGAGGCCCAAUAUGUCGGAGGCCCAAUAUGUCGGAGGCCCAUUAUGCCGGAGGCCCAAUAUGUCGGAGGCCCAUUAUGCCGGAGGCCUGUUAUGCGGGAGGCCUGUUAUGCGGGAGGCCUGUCAUGCGGGAGUUGGACUAGGUAGAAGGCAGGCUGUUAUCGUUCAGAUUCUCCAGUCUGCCCUAUUCAAAUUUUUAGUCGGUGAGGCGGGUCUUUUAUGA